AUGGAUUUGAAAUUUGUAAUCCUCUUCUUUUUCCCAGUUGUCAUUGGAAUCCUGGGGAAUCUAUCCCUUUUACAUCAUUCUAUUUUCACUUACUUCAGUGGACACCCGACCAGGCCAACAGACUUUAUUCUCAGGCACCUGAUAGUGGCCAAUCUCUUGGUCAUUCUCUUCCAAGGGAUACCAGAGACCAUGGCAGCACUUGGGAUGGAAGACUUCCUUGAUAAUUUUGGAUGCAAACUUGUUUUUUAUGUUUUAACGGUGGGCAAUGGUGUGUCUUUCAGCAACACCUGCCUGAUGAGUGUCUUCCAGGCCAUCACCAUCAGCCCCCGGAGGUCCAGGUGGGCAGAAUUGAAAGUGAGAGUCCUAAAGUGCAUUAGGCACUGUCCCAGCAUUUGCUGGGUCCUGCACCUGCUGGCAAACAUUAGAGUUCCUAUGCUUCUGAAUGAAAAAAGGCGCAAUGACAACAUCACAAACUCUAUAGAUUAUCAAUACUGUUCAGCUGUGAUUUCUAGCAAAGAAAAAAACUCCAUCUUGGUGGCAUUGUCAUUAUCACAUGACAUUUUCUGUUUGGAACUUAUGAUCUGGAGCAGUGGCUCCAUGGUUUUCAUUUUGUAUCAGCACAGGCAGCGAACUCAGUACAUUCACAGACACAACAGCUCAUCACGAUCUUCCCCUGAGACCAGAGCUUCGCAAAGCAUCCUCAUGCUUGUCUGUGCCUUUGUAUUAUUCCAUGCCCUGACUUCUAUAAUGACUGUUUGGUUUUAUCUUUAUGACAAAGCUGCUUGGUGGCUGGUUAAAACUUCUGCCCUAACCCAUGUUUAUUUUCCAACUAUUACUCCUUUUAUUUUCAUGACUCGCGAACAGGGUAUCUGCAGACCCAUGUGGAAGAAGUGA